GACGACUGUGAAAAAGCCCGAAACAACGUCGUCCCUCUCCCUCGCACUGUGUUCCUGCGACUGGUGCUAGCUCCAGCCACUCUCGAGAUUUCUCUAGCAAUGGCGUCUCUGUUCAAGGACCAAAACAAGCUUUCAGCGUACCGAGACAGAAAAUUUCUUGGUACACAAGAGGAAUUUGAACAAGCACUGCUAUCUUCUACCACUGUUUACAUCGGGAAUAUGUCCUUCUACACAACUGAAGAACAAGUCUAUGAGCUUUUCACCAGAGCUGGAGAAAUCAAGAAGAUUAUCAUGGGAUUGGAUAAGAAUAGCAAAACACCUUGUGGCUUCUGUUUUGUUUUAUACUAUUCUAGAGAAGAUACCGAAGAUGCUGUCAAAUAUAUUAGUGGGACAAUUCUUGAUGACCGUCCAAUCCGUGUAGAUUUUGAUUGGGGAUUUCAGGAAGGAAGGCAAUGGGGCCGUGGUCGAAGUGGUGGACAAGUACGAGAUGAAUAUCGCACUGACUAUGAUCCAGGUAGAGGUGGAUAUGGAAAGUUAGUACAGAAAGAGCUUGAAGCACAACGGCAGCUUGUAGACUAUGGUGCUGGUUCAUUGGGCUCCUUCCCACCUGUUAUACCACCUCCUUAUGGAAGGCAUGGUGGAAGCCAGAGUCAAGGCGGAUCAUACCAUUACAGUAGAGAUUACAAUCGGAAACGAAACCGAGAAGAUGACCGUCGUCCAUAUGAAUCUUCAAAGAGAACGUCAGACCAUGAAUCCAGGAGAGACCAAGAUCCUGAUUCUAGACUGGAAAAGAAUCCACGCUUCCGCGAAAGUGGUGACUCUGAUGAGGAGGAGGAGGAUCGUAAAAAACGUGCUUAGCCUGAUCUCCUGUCAUUGACAAUUGGGCGCGAGUAGUGGCAUCUGAAACCUUUAUUAGAGAGGAUCUUGCAAUUGCAAUCUUGAAGCAAUCCUACUAACAUUCUCAUUAUGAUUAGUGAAUGGGGCUAUCUGCUAUUGAUCUCAAGCCACUGUAUCAUGACCUGUAAAAGCGAAGGACCUUGUCGACCCUUUGGCAGUGUUAGAGUAGCUAACGGAAAUGAUGAGCUUGUUAGACAUUGAGGCUUUUUACACAAAAACUGGUUUCUGCAAAUAUUUAACUAGUCACAGUCUUUGCAAUUUACUGCCGCGGGAAUGGCACCAACUUUUUCACGUUCU